UGAAGUUGUUAUGUUAUGAAACGAGUGAUUCGCGUGCACCUACUGUAUGUAAUCUUUGAAUUGUCAUUCGGUGUUCUGUCAUCUUCAAAAGCGUAUACCUACUGCUGCUGUGAUUUAUUUAUUUAAGAGUUUCAGUGAUUAUAAUAGUAAUGUUGACAGGAUGGCGUCGAAUAUUAAACAGAGUUAUCUUCAUACCCCAGCGAUACGUAUUGGGAAUACUGGGACUAUUUGCACUCGCAAAUUCUUUUACCAUGAGAGUGUGUCUCUCCAUGACGAUUACUCAAAUGGUGCUACACCCAGAGGCAUCGGAACAUAUAGUAGGUGAGACCUGCCCUGAUCCUGAUUGGGCUGGUGUAGUGAAUAAUACUAUUGAAGAAACAACAAUACCAUCUUUUCAACUUGAGCGUCGCGUAAAAUACGACUGGAGCGAGGCAACACAAGGCUUCUUACUCAGCGCAUUUUACUAUGGUUACGUUGCGACACACCUUCCAGGUGGCAUUCUUGCUGAAAAGUUUGGAGGAAAAUGGACGCUAGGCAUUGGUUUGUUAUGUACUUCUAUAGCUACUGCUCUGACUCCUCUAGCCGUUGAUCUUGGAGGUGCAGUAGGAUUAUUCAUUAUAAGAGUUAUUGAAGGAAUGGGUGAGGGACCAGUAACUCCAGCUUUCGUUUUACUUCUAGCCAGAUGGGUACCACCAUCGGAGAGAUCGAGAUUUGGUGCAAUGAUAUUUGGUGGUGCACAAAUUGGGAACAUUUUCGGCCCUUAUAUGUCUGGUCUUUUCUUGGCAGAUAAUGGAGAUUGGGCAAAUGUUUUCUAUUUCUUUGGUGGACUUGGUAUCAUAUGGUUUUUAUUUUGGGUUCUCCUCUGUUAUAGUACACCGAAUUGUCAUCCAUUUAUAUCAGAUGAAGAAAAGAUGUAUUUGAAUAAAAAUGUUACUGCAUCUGGCCUUCAUAAGAAAUUGGAUCCUGUUCCUUUUAAGGCUAUACUAAGGUCACCCCAACUUUGGGUGUUAGUUUUGGCUGCUGUGGGUCACGAUUGGGGCUACUUUACCAUGAUAACAGAUUUACCAAAAUACUUCUCCGACGUAUUAAAGUUUAAUAUAAAAGAAACAGGAUUAAUGUCUGCGCUUCCAUAUGUUGCCAUGUACGUUUGCUCCUUUAUUUUUGCAUAUAUUUGCGACUUGUGUAUCAAAAAGAGAUGGCAUAGUAUCACUACUGGGAGGAAGAUUUAUACAACCGUUUCUUCUUCCUUGCCGGCACUUUUUAUAAUUCUGGCCUCGUAUUCCGGCUGCGACCGAGUGCAAGCGGUAGGCCUUUUUAUAGCAUCUAUGGCGUUUAUGGGAGGUUUCUACAGUAGCGUAAAGAUCAACGCUAUGGACAUUGCACCAAACUAUGCGGGAACAUGUUCGGCCUUUGUGAAUGGAUUGGCCGCUAUAUCUGGUAUCAUCACGCCCUAUUUGGUCGGAUUGUUGACGCCUGAUCAAACCAUAGGCCAAUGGCGUGUUGCGUUCUGGACAGUGUUUGCGGUGUUAGUAGCUACUAACUUGGUCUAUCUGAUUUGGGGUUCAGGAGAGCAACAGUGGUGGGAUGACGUGGACAAGUUAGGGUAUCCAUCUAAUUGGAAACAUGGACCGUUGAAAAAGCGAACUCAAGACUUGGAGAAGAAAGUUGUACAUCCUAAACACGACCACUCGCCAAUACAUCACGAUUGAUUUUUUUAUUAUAUUUAAAUCAAUUCGAGAUAGGACAUAAUAAAAUUCUAUUGUGUGUAAUUUUGUUUUAUUUACUUUGAUGAGACGACGCGAGUACUACAUCAU